GCAAUUUUCCCGAAUAAAUACUCCGUAAUAAAUAAACGGCUCCAUUCUCGGGUUGUCUUCUUCAUCGCAGCAAACGAGGGAUUCCAGUACUCCGGGGAGAUGAUUUAUUUUGCAUUUUUCCCUUACAGUGUCGAAUCCACCUCAAACAAUGCUAAAAGAGAUUCAUUCACGGUCUCAUACCUCAUAAAUAGAUGUGGGUUUACUCCAAAAAAGGCUCUAUCAGCUUCCAAAUACAUCAACUUCAAAACCCCAAACAGAGCAGAAUCUGUGCUGUCAUUCUUGAAAAAUCAUGGAUUCUCUGAAACUCAGGCCUUAAAAAUUGUUAGAAGGGAUCCUACAAUAUUGACAUAUAAUCCUGAGAAAUCCUUUUUACCCAAGCUUGAAUUUUUAAAGUCUUUAGGUUUCCCAGGUGAACAUUUGACUCACAUUCUAUGUGUAGCUCCUUCUGCUUUAAGGAGCAGUUUGGAGAGACGACUCUUACCAACUAUCGGUUUCCUUGAGAACUUGCUCUUAUCACGAGAGAGUAUGAGAGUGGCCGUGAGGCGGUACCCUAAUAUUCUCUCUAUGGACCUCAAAGCUCAUUUGGAACCUAAUGUUCAGCUUUUGAAGGAGAUGGGAGUUCCUGAACACAAAAUUGUAUAUUUUUUAACAAACCAGCCUUUGACAUUCAUGAUGUAUAGAGAUAAGUUUAGAAAGAUUUUGGAGGAACUUAAGGAGUUGGGAAUUGACCCAACCAGGAAAAAUUUUCUUGUGGCAUUCCAUGCACUUGCUUGCAUGAGUAAAUUGACAUGGGAAAAGAAGAUGGAGGGCUAUAGGAAGUGGGGGCUUGCUGAGAACGAGAUUUUUGAAGCUUUUAGUAGGAAUCCUUGGUUUAUGAUUGCUUCGCAAGAAAAGGUACUGUCAGCAAUGGAUUUUUUCGUGAAUAAAAUGGGAUUUGAAUCUUCUGCAAUCUUGAAAAAGCCUAUGGUUGUUUUGUAUUCUUUGGAAAAGAGAAUUAUUCCUAGAGGUUUGGUUUAUCAAACUCUGUUAGCAAAGGGCUUAAUCCGUAAGGAUCUCAAUCUGCUCGCUAAGAUGUUGAAGGUUUCUGAAGCACAAUUCGUAGAGAAGUUUGUUGAACAUUACAAGAAGGAAGCUCCUGAACUGAUAGAGAUGUAUCGGAAGUUACUCAUCCCCACAAUCACACACAUAGAGGCGAGAGCUUGAUGCUUGAUUAUAAUGUGUGUGCCAUGUACUUUACUGAUUUUGUAAAAUUAAUGCUAGUAGUUUUUUAGGGGAUUCUGGAGUGUGUCCAAAUUUAAGUUUAGGGAAUGGUUUUGUUUUGCCUAGGAUUAUAUAUUUAUAUCAUUCAAUACAUGAGAUCUGCAACAGCACAGAUACACAAUG